AUGGCUUCCAAGGGCUUGGUGGGGUGGCAGGAUGUGGACCUUUCUCCUGAAGGUCAAGCAGAGGCCGUCGCCUGUGGGAAACUUCUGAAGGAGAAAGGCUUCGCCAAAUUCGACGUGGUGUUUACGUCAUUGCUUGGGCGCUCCGUGAAGUCUGCCUGGAUGGCCCUGAUGGAACUGGAGAACUUUGCGAUGCCGGUGAUCAACUCUUGGAGGCUGAAUGAACGUCACUUUGGAGAUUUGCAGGGUAAAGAAGGCGUUUCCGCUCCAACGACGGCACCGACAGCUUUAUCAAUGACGGAUUCCAGGCACCCAGCAAAUGACACGCAUUAUCGGAAUGUGCACAAGAGCAGUUUGCCUGGAAGCGAGUCAUUGGCGAACGUGGUGGAAAGGAUGACGCCGUUCUGGAGCGACAACAUUGCGCCCUGUGUCAUGUCGGGAAAGACAGUGCUGGUGUCCGGUCAUGCUUCCCUCCGGGCCCUUGUCAAGUUGCUGGAGGCGAUUUUGGCGUAG